CACUGUCAAGAUUGCGGUGACCAAAAAUAAUCAAAUGACACGUGCUUGAAAUAUAAAUUUUACUAUCCAUCAGUGGCGAGCAAAGCAACAAUAACAGAAGCCAAAUUUGGGAUUACCUCGGCAUUGUUUAUACAAGAAAACGAGAGCAGAAAUCGCCGGAAGGAAAUGGACACCCGAGUUGAGCUGGAGCUGGAGCCAGUUGGCAAGCAGAAGGAGCUGCCGAAGGAUCAGCAGGAGGAUGAGAGCGAAUCGCAGGAAAACCAGGUGGAGCCGGAGCAGAAGAACCUGCUCACGCCGGUUAAGAUAAGCCUUCACUCCUCCGGAAGUCCCGCCGUUCAGGACCUGGAGGCCACGGCCAGGACGCCGCCUCCGAUGAGUCUGCAGCCGGGAACAUCGCGCCAGCUUUUCAGGGAUGCCGCCCUGGCCCACGGCGGUCAGGAGACCACAGCCCUGCUGCAGCAGGAGCUGAACAACAUUGCCGCCACUCAGACGCCUGCUUCGAAGCUCAGAAGUGCCAGCUCCACGCUGGAUGCCAGUGUUUCCCGGAACCCCUCCACCACCGGGGGCAAGCACGAGAAGAAGCUUGGCCACCGCAGAGUGGCGGAGGGUGGCGAGGUGACCUACAAGAGGAUCCAGUCCAAGCAGAUCAUGGGCUCCAUACAGCUGGGCAUCCAGCACACGGUGGGCAGCCUGGCCAGCAAGCCCAAGCGGGAUCUGCUGAUGAACGACUUCUGGGAAAUGGAAACUAUUUCGUUUCCCCCAGAUGGUUCCUCCAUAACACCUGCCCAUCACUACAGCGACUUCCGCUUCAAGGUCUACGCACCCAUUGCUUUUCGCUACUUCCGUGACCUGUUUGGGAUCGCACCAGACGACUUCCUCAUGUCCAUGUGUGCCUCUCCUUUGGUGGAGCUCUCAAAUCCAGGAGCCUCUGGCUCCAUAUUCUACCUGACGACCGACGACGAGUUCAUAAUCAAGACGGUGCAGAAGAAGGAGUGUGAGUUCCUGCAGAAACUGCUGCCCGGCUACUACAUGAACCUCUCGCAGAACCCGCGAACGCUGCUGCCCAAGUUCUUCGGACUGUAUUGCUUCCACUACAACUCGAAGAACGUGCGCUUGGUGGCCAUGAACAAUCUGCUGCCGUCGGAUAUCAAGAUGCACUGCAAGUACGACCUGAAGGGCUCGUCCUUCCGCCGCAAGGCCUCCAAGGCGGAGCGGCAGAAGGCGAGUCCUACGUUCAAGGACCUCGACUUUGCCGAGCACCAUCCGAACGGCAUAUUCCUGGAGACGGACAAGUACAAUGCGCUGAUGAGCACCAUCAGGCGAGACUGCAUGGUGCUGGAGAGUUUCCAGAUCAUGGACUACUCGCUGCUGGUGGGCAUCCACAAUCUGGACCUGGCCGCCAAGGAGAAGCGCGAGGAGCGGAUCCUAAAUGCGCGAGCCAAGCUGCAGCGCAAGGAGAGCGCCGCCCAGGGCCCCGCCUCCCUAAAUCCGGAUGAUGAUGCUCCGGAAGCGGACCAGAAUCAGCUUCAUGCGGUGGCCUCCUACGCCUCCAUUCCGGGCACUUCGGCUGGAGCGGCCUUGAAUCGCACACGCAGUAUGAAUCGCCAGCGUUUGGUGGCUCAUUCCACGGCUCUGGAGUCCAUCACAGCUGACAUGGAUGUGCCGCUGGAGGAGGACGAGGAUGUGCCCGCUGGCGGCAUACCGGCUCGGUCCGAAAACGACGAAAGGUUGAUCCUCUACAUAGGCAUCAUUGACAUAUUGCAGUCGUACCGCUUGGAGAAGAAGCUGGAGCACACGUUCAAGAGCAUCCUGUACAACGGGGACACGGUGUCCGUGUGCCGACCCUCAUUCUACGCCAAGCGCUUCCAGGACGCCAUGGGCAAGCAGGUGUUCAAGAAGACGCCCACAUUUCCACUGAAACAUUCCCCCUCCAAGCGCAAGACCUCGACCUCCAUGCUGCGUUCGCCCGCCUCGCGACUUCCACUGCUGAGCACCCCGACCGGUGGCCGCCAGCCGAUCAUGACGCUCUCGGGGAUGUCGACACCGCCGCCAGCCUUUGACGACAUCUCCGAGGAGGACAUCACCGCCGCCUCCACCAACACUUUGCAGCAGCAGCAGCAGCAGAGGAGCAGUAGCCAGACGAACAACAAUCAGGGCGAGCCGGAGGUAGUCACCAGGGGAGGGAGCAGCACGACGGGCGGCAGCGGGGAGCCGAGCAGCACCUAUCACACCCAGUACUCCUACGACGGCUCUGGCCGGACGGGCAGUGCCCUGACCAGCGAUUACAGCGACGACGAGUCCACGGGCACGGAUCUGGGUGGAUCCCGGUCGCCGCAGCACCGCACCCACCGGCUGACCAAGACGAGCGUUCAGGUCACGACGGUGGGCUACGUGGAGGACGGGGACCCGCUCCAGCCGGCGGGCGGAAUAGAUGUGGUGCACGCAGAUGUCAACGGCAAGGCCACCAUGACGACCACCACCCUGAUGACGACCACGAAGACGGCCCACAUCCAGGCGCCCAGCUACACGUCCACGCUCGUGCUCAACGAUUUGCCGCGAUGAUUUUCUGAGCGGGAUUCGGGUCAUCAAGUUAGGCGAGAGAUGUGUAUAGCCCGUGUGUAUGUGUGUCUGCAAGGUGUAAACGCCACUCCCCCCUUAAAAAAAAAAACGAAAAGGAAUACUGAAAACGAGCUCGUUUAUCAUGAUUAAACACAAAAACCAAAAGCGAAUACGUAUUCGAUAUUAAAAUUUAUGUGGCGCCCCUGCUAAUUGACUGCCAACCAGACACGCCCCUUACACACAAACACACACACCUGCAUAUAGGGGGAAAGCCACCGUCUACUAAAAUUGUAAUUAUUAUUUCGCUUCUUAUUGGUUGUAAUUUGGACUUUUGUGAGUGUGGCCUUAAAGUUUGUUUUAAUUAUUGAAAUUAUUGUGCACAAGAAACGAAGAACUACUCAAUCGAAAUUGGGAUAAUGCUUGGAGAAAAGACGAAGUGUGAACUCAAUUAUUGUCUAUAUGUGUAUGUUGCUGUAUUAUAAAGUGCGUUUACGUAUUCUAAGAUGCUCAUGUAAAUAACGGAACGAGAAUAAAUAUAUACCGAAUUAAA